CCAAUUGCGUUCGAAGUGUCACAAACCUGGUCAACUCGCAUAUAUAUAAAUUUUUACUUCAAAAAAUGGCUUCCCUUGAAACAACCGCAUCGUUUUUCGCUAAUGGAAAUUCUAAACAGUUCGAUUAUGUGUUGCAAUUGUAUCCUCAAGUGUUAAAAUUAAAGGCCGAAACGCGUACCAAAAAACCGGAGGAAUUAAUCAAAUUGGAUGAUUGGUACCAAAAUGAACUACCCGAACGAAUAAAGCAGCGGGGUAAAGAUGCUCAUAUGCUACACGAAGAACUGGUGCAAGCGAUGAAAUGGAAGCAAUCGCGUGGAAAAUUCUCCAAACAGUUACUGAAUCUGAUCAAAAUUAACACACCUCGUGCUGUCGUCCAAGAAACAAAACGUGCAUUCCGUAAAUUGCCGAAUUUAGAACAAGCUCUAACGGCAUUGACAAAUCUGAAAGGUGUUGGUACCACCAUGGCUUCGGCAUUGUUAACAGCCGCUGCGCCAGACAAUGCACCAUUUAUGGCAGACGAAUGUUUGAUGGCUAUUCCGGAUAUCGAAGGCAUCGAUUACACGACAAAGGUUUAUUUGAACUUUGCUAAUCACGUAAAUUCAGCUGUGACGCGUUUAAAUAUGGAAAAGGACAAUAACAAUUCGUCGUGGUCAGCGCAUCGCGUUGAAUUGGCCGUUUGGACACAUUGCGUAGCUUCAGAGUUACAACCGGAUCUGCUGGAAGGAUUGCCGCCGCGAACCGCAUCAGCUGGCCCAUUGGCAACUAUAACAACAACAACCACCACCACCACGAAUGGUAACUCGGCACCACUUGAACCAUCCGAGCCGUCAGACGAAAGUAAUUCGGAACCACCAACCGCACCGAAUGGAAACAAUGGCAACGGCGUCAGCGACAGUUUAGAUGAGAGCACAAGAUCUGAAGACAGCUUGGAAAAGCCAAUUACUCCAAUCGUAGCCAAUGAUGAGACAAACGAUAGUGAUUCACAGAGCAGUGCAAAGAGAUCGCUGGAUUGCGAAAGUUCAGAAUCACAGACUGAGACUAGUGAGCCGGAUACAAAAAAACUCAAAAUUGACGAAUGAAGUUUAGGCUUCCAUAGAAAACGUGAAAUGAUGUUAAGAGUUUUCAAUAGAAGCAAAAUAAAAAUUCGCAAGUAAACACAAACAAAUAACAAAAAUGAAAAAGAAAUAUAAUGAAAUCAUUCAAAUGAACUUAGACCGAACAUAUGUUGUAUACUAAACAUAUGGUUUUUAGACGAGUAAACAGUUGAAGAAAACAUAAAUUAAAACAAGCACUCUAAGGUUUAAUCCAUUAAAAAAAAAAAGAAGAAAGCAAAAAUGAAAAAUAAUUAUGAUUACAAGUGGUAUAUAUAAUAGAAAUUAAUUGAAUGAUACAACACACAACAAUAAAACAAUUUUAUAUUCAAAGUAAAAAAAAUAAUGAGAAAAAAAAGAGGAAAAGAAAAAAUUACACAAAAAAUUUAUACCCAAAAUCCUAGAUCAUUAAUUACGUAAUUAUAAAUAUUUUUAUUUCUAUCCCGUACCCCACACAGUUCAUCAUUUUCUUAUCAAAAAAAACAUUUUUUUUUCUCUUAAUAUAUUUAUAACGCAUUUUAACUUUUUAUUUAUUAAUUUUAAGCUUAUGUUUGUUUGUCUUUUCUCUUUUGUCUCUUUAUCUGGCAAUUAGUUUAAUUAAUUAAAAGAAGAAAAAAACAUGAAAACACAAGGCGUUACGUUUCUGAAAAAUAAGGAAGAAGAAAUUAUUCAUUAAGGAUCAUAUAAAUAUAUUUAAAUAAAAAAAAACAUAAAAAUAAAAAAACAAAAGAAAAAUUCAACAAAGGAAUGUAAGAUAAAAUGAAAAAAAAAAAGAUUUAAAAAAAUGAAAAACAGAAAAACCAUCUUCUGGCAUAUCAGUCUGUUCCAAGAUCCAUCGAAACGUCAUCCACAGAAGCCAACACAACCUCACUUUGAACAGUUAACGGAGAAAAAAACAAAUGAAAAUUCGUUUAUGUUGCGGUUAGUUUUAAUUCUAUGGAUGACCGGUUAUUUUCGACUCAUCAAAAUUCGUUCGUUGGAACCAUAGAGUUACUUUUGGACAGAUGAUUAUGGUGGCGCUGUCAUUUUCCCCCAUUUCUGGGUGUUUAUGUAAUUUUAUAUGUGCUGAUUACCAUCAACGCCACCGUGUCAUCUCUCAGUGACUAUUUCCAACAUGUAAUUUUAUGGUUCCCAAAGUAGCCACCAUCGCCACCAUGUCAUCUCUCCCACAUAACUCUAUGGAUAGAACAGACUCAUAAAAAUUUUCUCAUCAAAUCGAAAAGAAAGAAAAAACUUUCUUUCGAAAUCGAAACAUUACAUUGUUUCGGACAACACAGAAUAUUAGUGCGUUUUACCGACGGGAGUUAUACAACAAUUUAAUUUAAAGGAAAAA